CCAAAUUAUUUUUGCUCCAACUCCAACAGCUUCCCCAUUUUAAAGAAUCCUGCAUUUAUUACAAUAAUAAAAACAUUCACCAUCUUUGACUAAUAAAUAAUAAAUUAUUUUUUAUUUGAAACUUUGAAAUAAUGGUUAGUUUCCAACGGCUAGAUUUCAUAUUGAUGAUCCAAAUCAUUGAUUUAAUUAAGUCAUCAUAACGAGGAGUCUAGGCAAAAAAAUCUAGAACAUAUUCAUGUGUAUCUUAUUGGGAAGUAAAGUAUUUUACGAAUUCAAAAUGAAGAAAGACAGAAAAUCACAAUAUUUAUUUACUUUUGCUAAGCUUGACUUCUGUUUUGUUCAAAAUGAAGAAACGUCUAAUUUACAACGGCUACUUUGACUUCUAUUUUUUUAUCUAUAUAUAUGAGAACAAAUCUCGUCACUUUUGUUAUCUCAUUCUCUCAUUCUUUGCUUCCUCAUCUUUUUCUCACUUUGAAAAUAUAUUUUAUGGCUCGUCGUUCGUUAGCUAGUCGUUAUCUAGUUAAUACGUUCAUGGAUGACGACGACAAUAUUGAUGACGAAUAUGAAGAAUUGUUACAUGCUCAAAUAGAAGAAAAAGCGCGUGCCAACCAGAGUUCAAGAGGAGGUCAUCGUGGUUCUAUUAUGGGUCACCAUAUUGUUAAUCGUGAUCUAAUUGAGGGUCAUGAAAGACUUUGUCGUGACUACUUUGCUAAUCCUCCAAAAUAUGGGGCUUAUCUCUUUCGAAGGAGAUUCAGAAUGAAGCAAUCUCUUUUCAUGCGCAUUCAUGAUGCAGUCGUCGCGCACGAUACUUAUUUUGUUCAAAAGAGGAAUGCUGCUGGGCGUCUUGGCUUGUCAUCACUUCAAAAGGUAACAGCUGCUUUUCGACAACUUGCAUAUGGUGUUCCAGCCGAUUAUGUUGAUGAGUAUGUGCAGAUUGGGGAAAGCACCGCUAUUGAAAGUCUCAAAAAGUUCGUCACAACAAUUGUCGAAGUGUUUGGUGAUGAAUACUUAAGGUCGCCAAAUAGUGAUGACCUUAAGAGAUUACUUGCAAUAGGUGAACGACGCGGCUUUCCUGGGAUGCUUGGAAGCAUUGAUUGUAUGCAUUGGACAUGGAAGAAUUGCCCUACUGCUUGGCAUGGCAUGUUUACUGGCCACAUUCAUGAACCCACUAUUAUUUUAGAAGCUGUAGCUUCAUAUGAUUUAUGGAUAUGGCAUGCUUUCUUUGGAUUACCUGGGUCUCUUAUUGACAUCAAUGUGUUAGAGCGGUCUUAUGUAUUUAGUGGAUUGGAUGAAGGUAGUGCCCCUCAUAUUAGCUAUAAAGUCAAUGGGAGGCCAUAUGAUAUGGGAUAUUAUCUUGCCGAUGGUAUAUAUCCAUCAUGGGCAACAUUAGUGAAGACUAUUCCAGCUCCACAAGGAAAUAAGCAUCGACAUUUUGCUAAAGAGCAAGAAGGGGCAAGGAAAGAUGUUGAGCGCGCAUUCGGAGUGCUUCAAGCACGUUUUGCGAUUGUCCGAAACCCGGCAAGACUUUGGGAUAAGGAUAACCUAAAGCAUAUUAUGAUGGCAUGCAUAAUUAUACAUAAUAUGAUUGUCGAAGACGAGCGUGAUGAACAUGAGCGUAUUCGUAGACUAAGGAAGAUACAUGAUAUCGAUAUUGAAAAAGAAUAUGACCAUGUUGAUGAAAUUCCACGCAUAUCACUUUCGCUCGAGCGUACACCAACAAUAAUGGAGUUCAUAGCAAAUCGUCAUCGAGUUAGAGAUAAACAAAUGCAUACUCAACUCCAAGAAGAUCUUGUCGAGCACUUAUGGAAAACACAUGGAGCCAAUUAGUGAUUUGCUUUCUUAUAUAAAUCAAUAUUAUGUUGUUUCAACUUCAUUGUAAUGUCGUUAAAUUUAUGAAGAAUAAAAUUUAUAUAUCAUAAGGCUUAUCAUACCAAUUUCAUUGAGUAGUAGUAUACUUG